AUCACUGGCCUUUAUGAGGUAGCUGGGGGCAGACAUGCCCACCCCCACGCUGCACACCCCCAAGGAGGCUGCCCUGGCAACAUUGACCACACUUUAAAAGGCUGAAAACACUGAAAAAAAACAUAAAAAAAGCUGCCAGUGAGCUGCUCUGGGGGGGCAUCAGCUCUGCGAGGAAUGUUUGACCCCAGUGUUUUGGAUGUCCCAGCAGUAAUCUUUGACAACGGGUCUGGACUGUGCAAGGCGGGGAUUGCAGGUGAUGGUGGCCCAAGGUCAGUUAUCACAUCGAUUGUUGGCCGCUCAAGAGUCAAAUCUGCAAUGCUGGGAGCUGGGAUGAAAGAAUACUACAUAGGAGAAGAAGCUCAGUCUAAAAGAGGGAUCCUGUCUUUGAAUUAUCCCAUUGACCACGGCAUCGUUACAUCCUGGGAAGACAUGGAAAGGAUCUGGAGACACGUCUAUGACUACGAGCUGAGGGUAAAACCCUCCGAAAGGCCCGUGCUGCUCACAGAAGCCCCCCUCAACCCUCUGCAGAACCGGGAAAAAAUGACAGAGAUCAUGUUUGAGGGCUUCAUGGUGCCUGCCAUGUACGUCGCAGUCCAGGCUGCGUUGGCCCUCUACGCAUCAGCCCGCACCACCGGCAUAGUUCUGGACAGCGGGGAUGGCGUCACCCACACCGUCCCCAUCUACGAGGGGUACUGCCUGCCCCAUGCUGUCUCCAGGCUGGAUAUCGCUGGCCGGGAUAUCACUGAGUAUUUUAUGAGGCUCCUUUUGGAGAGCGGAUACUCUUUUGUUAGCACCGCUGAAAGGGAAAUCGUGAAAGAUAUCAAAGAGAAGCUGUGCUAUGUGGCUUUAGACCCCAAUCUGGAAAUGAAAGCAGGUCCAGAAGAGAUCAUGAAAGAAUACAGAUUACCUGACAGCAACAUCAUUCAAAUAGGCAGCCAGCUCUUUCGUGCACCAGAGACCCUUUUUGUACCUGCAAACAUUGGCAUUGAAGCAGCUGGUGUGCACAAAAUGCUCUUCAACAGCGUCACAAAGUGCGACAUCGAUGUGCGCAGGGAUCUGUAUGGCAACGUGCUGCUCUCGGGAGGCUCCACGCUGUUCCCUGGCCUGGAGGAGCGCAUCCUGAAGGAGAUGCACCUGCAGGUGCCCGUGGGAAUGCUGGUGAAAAUCAUUGCCCCCCCCGAGAGGAAGUACAGCGUGUGGGUCGGGGCCUCCAUCCUCUCCUGCCUGACCUCUUUCAAACCGAUGUGGAUCACUGUGAGGGACUACGGGGAUUUUGGGGCAGCUGUCGUCCACAGGAAAUGCUGUUAAGGAGAACAUCAAACCGAGAGGAUGAAUUCAUAGCAAAGCAUGAGCAACAAGCCCUGACGAGGGCUGACUGAGCAGAGGGGGGCUAAAGCUGCUGCGUAUUUCCUGGCUGACAAAUCCCUUAUGGAAAUAAAACAUGAAAUCAUUGGUAACCA